AUGCCUCCACGAAGAGCAGUCAGAGGUUAUCCAGCUAGGAGGAAUGUAGAAGAGCAAGAGUUACCUAAUGCACCUGAAGUGCAACAGCAAGGAGAGGUCUCUAAUGGUGAGUUUAGAGAGGCUACAAGGAUGUUUAGCCAACUUGUGACCAAUCAGGAUUCUUUGAGUGUGCAUAAGUAUGGGUUGAAGUUCACCCAACUGUCUCGCUAUGCUCCUGAAAUGGUUGCGGACAUGAGGAGUAGGAUGAGUUUAGUUGUUGCUGGUUUGGGUCGCCUGUCAAUCAAGGAGGGCCGAGCAGCAAUGCUGAUUGGGGACCUGGACAUCUCGAGGUUGAUGGUCUACGUGCAACAGGUAGAGGAAGAGAAGAGAGAAGAGUUCAAGAACAACAGAGCCAAAAUAGGGAAUGAGUCCGGGAAACAGAAGAGUAAUACAAACCAGUCGUCUUUCCAACAUAAAUAG